AUGGUCAUCAUAUUCGAGUGGGCAACAGCCAGUGCAAGUACGCAGAAACCGAAGAGUGUAUUGGCUGCAAUACCAAAAAAUGCGUUAACGUUGGAAGAAAUUGAACGAAGCCAAUUGGCCAGUUCCAGUGUGCGACAACCUCCGAGCACCGAACAUAAACCACCACAGCCUAUGCCUAUACCAUCAGGUGUGUGGGGGAUUUUUUUUUCGCUCAUUUUUGAUUGUAAUUUCAAUCGUAUUUGA